AUGGGUAUCUCACGACGUCCCAAGGACAAGUCCGCGAGGACAGGCCCGGCCGGCCCCUCCGGUGCGGCGGGCGGCGGCGGCAAGCCCAAGAAGGCCACCUACGAGGUCACCAAGAAGAAGGAGAUUGGCGUUUCGGAUCUUACGUUGCUCAGUAAGGUGUCCAACGAAGCUAUCAACGAGAACCUCAAGAAGCGAUUCGAGGGCGCCGAAAUCUACACCUACAUUGGCCAUGUCUUGGUCUCCGUUAAUCCCUUCCGGGAUCUGGGUAUCUACACCGACCAGGUCCUCGACAGCUACAAGGGCAAGAACCGUCUCGAGAUGCCCCCGCACGUGUUCGCUAUCGCCGAAUCCGCGUACUACAACAUGAAGGCCUACCAGGACAACCAGUGUGUCAUCAUUUCUGGAGAGUCGGGUGCUGGCAAGACCGAGGCUGCCAAGCGCAUCAUGCAGUACAUCGCCAACGUGUCGGGAGGAGAAUCGGGCGACAUCAAGAAGGUCAAGGACAUGGUGCUGGCAACCAAUCCUUUGCUGGAGUCUUUUGGAAACGCAAAGACCCUGAGGAAUAACAACUCGUCCCGUUUCGGCAAGUAUCUGCAGAUUCACUUCAAUGCGCAGGGCGAGCCCGUCGGUGCCGACAUCACAAACUACCUCCUUGAGAAGUCGAGAGUCGUCGGCCAGAUCACCAACGAGCGAAACUUCCACAUCUUCUACCAGUUCACCAAGGGCGCCUCCCAGAACUACCGCCAACAAUUCGGCAUUCAAACGCCCGAGACAUACGUUUACACUAGCAGAUCGAAGUGUCUCGAGGUUGACGGAAUCGACGACUUGGCCGAAUACAACGAUACCCUCCAGGCCAUGAAGAUUAUCGGUCUCUCUCAGGCUGAGCAGGACGAGAUACACCGCAUGCUGGCUGCCAUCCUGUGGGCUGGCAACAUUCAAUUCCACGAGGGUCAGGACGGUUACGCCGCGGUUAGCGACCAGUCGGUCGUAGACUUCUUGGCCUACCUGUUGGAGGUCACCCCGGACCAGCUGAUCAAGGCCAUCACGAUCCGUAUCCUCACUCCGCGAAAUGGCGAGGUCAUCGAAUCCCCCACGAACGUUUCCCAGGCCGUCGCGACCCGAGAUGCUCUGUCUAAGGCAAUCUACAACAACCUCUUUGACUGGAUUGUCGAGCGCGUCAACAAGUCUCUGAAGGCGAAGGAGGCAACGAUCAACAACAUUGGUAUCCUCGAUAUCUACGGCUUCGAGAUUUUCGAGAAGAACAGUUUCGAGCAGCUCUGCAUCAACUACGUGAACGAGAAGCUGCAGCAGAUUUUCAUUCAGUUGACCCUCAAGGCUGAGCAAGACGAGUACGCACGCGAACAGAUUCAGUGGACACCUAUCAAGUACUUCGACAACAAGAUCGUGUGCGACCUCAUCGAGGCGGUCCGGCCUCCCGGUAUCUUGUCCGCCAUGAAGGAUGCGACCAAGACCGCCCACGCCGACCCCGCUGCUUCUGACCGCACUUUUAUGCAGAGCAUCAACGGUAUGUCCAACCCUCACUUGACCCCUCGCCAAGGCAGCUUCAUCAUCAAGCACUACGCCGGUGAUGUCGCCUACACGGUCGAUGGAAUCACGGACAAGAACAAGGAUCUUCUGCUCAAGGGUCUGCUCAACCUCUUCGGCACCAGCGGCAACAAAUUCGUUCACACUUUGUUCCCUCACCAAGUCGAUCAAGACAACCGAAAGCAGCCGCCCUCCGCCGGUGAUAGAAUCAGAGCCUCGGCGAACGCUCUCGUCGAGACCUUGAUGAAGUGCCAGCCUUCAUACAUCCGAACCAUCAAGCCCAACGAGAACAAGUCGUACUCCGAGUACAACGUGCCCAAUGUCCUGCAUCAGAUCAAGUACCUCGGUCUCCAGGAGAACGUUCGCAUUCGCCGCGCCGGUUUCGCAUACAGACAGACAUUCGAGAAGUUCGUCGACCGCUUCUUCCUGCUGUCGCCUGCCACCUCCUACGCUGGUGAGUACACAUGGCAAGGAUCAUACCAGCAGGCGGUCCAGCAGAUUCUCAAGGACACAAGUAUCCCCAAGGAGGAGUGGCAGAUGGGUACCACCAAGGCCUUCAUCAAGUCACCAGAGACCCUUUUUGCUCUCGAGCACAUGAGAGACCGAUACUGGCACAACAUGGCCACCCGUAUUCAGCGCAUGUGGCGUGCCUACCUGGCCUACCGUGCAGAGUCUGCCACUCGUAUUCAACGGUUCUGGCGUAAGAAGAGAACCGGCGCCGAGUUCUUGCAGCUGCGUGAUCAGGGCCACAGAGUCCUCCAGAACCGGAAAGAGAGACGCAGAUACAGUUUGCUUGGCUCUCGCAGAUUCUUGGGAGACUACCUUGGCAUCAACGCAGCAGCUGGUCCUGGUUCUCAGAUCAGAAACGCGAUUGGCAUCGGCAGCAACGAGAGAGCUGUCUUCUCUUGCCGCGGAGAGAUCCUUGAGGCCAAGUUCGGCAGAUCCAGCAAGCCUAGUCCCCGAAUCCUGGUGGUCACAAACAGCAAGUUCUACAUCGUCGCGCAGAUGCUGGUCAACCACCAGCCGCAGAUCUCUGUGGAGCGCUCAAUGCCGUUGGGUGCCAUUAAGUUCAUUGGUACUUCGACCGCUCGCGACGAUUGGUUCUCCCUAGGCGUGGGAUCGCCACAAGAGGCUGAUCCUUUGUUGAACUGUGUACUGAAGACCGAGAUGUUCACGCAGAUGCAACAGGUCAUGCCUGGUGGCUUUAGCUUGAAGAUUGGUGAAGUAAUCGAGUACGCAAAGAAGCCCGGCAAGAUGCAGACUGUGAAGGUCCUCAAAGACUCUCAGCAACCUGUCGACUACUACAAGAGUGGAGCUGUACACACCCAGCCUGGCGAGCCCCCUUCCUCUGUCUCCAAGCCGACACCGAAGGGCAAGCCAGUCCCUCCUAAGCCCAUCACGCGCGGCAAGCUCAUCAAGCCUGGUGGUCCCAAUGGCAGACCAUCUCGCACUACUGGCAGCCGGCCCCAGCCCCGCCCAGGUGCCUCUUCAGCGAAGAAGGGACCCUCCAUUACUCCUCAGAUUCCUGCUGCUGCCAGCUCAGUUGUCUCCAACAGCUCCAACAGUUCUGUCAGCUCAGCCAAGACAGGACCCUUUGGCCGUCAACAACAAGCCGCCUCUGCAGCUAUUCCCACACACACCAAGCCGACUGCCGCAACCAGAAUGCCCCCUCCGCCUCCCCCCGCUGCGCCUCCCGCGCCCGGCAGGAUUAUGGCCAAGGUCCUCUACGACUUCGCAGGCCAGCGAGAGAACGAGCUCACGAUCCGCGCUGGCGAUCUUAUUGAGAUUGUCCAGAAGGAGAACAACGGCUGGUGGCUCGCCAAGCACACCGGAGGUCAAGCCUGGGUGCCCGCUGCUUACGUCGAGGAGCAAGCUCCCGCUCCGGUCGUGGCCCCUCGCCCGCCUCCUCCUCCCCCCAACGGCGGGGCUGCCCGUGGCAAGCCUACCCCCCCUCAACCUCCCGUCAAGCGUCCCGCUGCCGGCCGCAAGCCUGCUCCUACUCCCGCCCGCGACUCCGGUCUUAGCUUGAACGGAUCCAACGGCUCCGACAGCCGCAGCAACACCCCCACGCCCAGCCUGGGCAACAGCUUGGCGGACGCCUUGCUCGCGAGAAAGAACGCGAUGGCGAAGGACGAGGACGAUGACUGGUAA